GCUGGAGGCUCCUGGGCCUCCUGAGGGAGCAGCGGGCCAGCGAAGGCGUCGCGGCGGGGAGCGAGCGAACGGCGGCGAGCCCUGCGGCCCGGGACCAUGUUCACCAGCACCGGCUCCAGCGGGCUGUAUAAAGCACCUCUGUCAAAAGGCCUCUUAAUAAUACCAGGCACUCUCUCACUUCUGUUGGCUCUGCUCUUUCAACAUUAUCAGAAGUUCUUCACAUACAAUCUGCAAGCAGUAAAAGAGGAAUUUCAGGUUUGGAGACUUGUAUGUGGGAGAACAGUAUGUCUUGAUCUCAAAGACACAUUCUGUAGCAGCUUGCUCAUCUACAACUUCAGGAUAUUUGAAAGAAGAUAUGGCAGCAGAAAAUUUUCUUCAUUUUUGCUGGGCUCCUGGAUGCUGUCAGUAUUGUUUGAUCUCCUCCUUGUAGAAGCUGUUGAAUAUUCUUUUGGCCUCACCAUCAAUAGUUUGCCGUCGGGAUUCUUGGGCCCUGUAUUUGCUCUUUUUGUACCAUUUUAUUGCUCCAUUCCAAGAGUGCAAGUGACACAAAUUCUAGGCCAGUUUUCCAUCACAAACAAGACACUGGUCUAUGUAUUGGGUUUGCAGCUUUUAACUUCUGGGUCUUAUAUCUGGAUUGUAGCUUUAAGUGGGCUGAUUUCUGGAAUGUGCUACAGCAGCAGCGUGCUAAAAGUGUACCAUGUACUUUGUGUACCCAGUGGUGUGGCGAGAAUAUUUGCUUGGACUCUUGAACCAAUUUUCUCAUCUGUGGAGCCGUCCAGUGAGAUAAGCGUUGGAAUGGGAGCAACUGUGGACAUACAGAGGCAACAAAGAAUGGAGCUAUUGGAUAGGCAAAUCUUGAUGUCUCAGUUUGCCCAGAUGAGGCAUCAAAGACAGCAGCAGGGUGGAAUGAUCAACUGGAAUCGUCUCUUUCCUCCUUUACGCCAUCGACGUAAUGCCAACUAUCAGGAUAAUCACCAGACAGAACCUGAGGUGCUACCUCCGGCUGAAGUUUCUGAAGAACAGGUCGCACGGCUCAUGGAAAUGGGAUUUUCCCGAUUGGAUGCUCUGGAAGCUUUGAGGGCUUCAAAUAAUGACCUUAACGUAGCCACCAACUUUCUGCUCCAGCACUGAGUGGUGCCUGCACGAAGGAUUUGACUUUUCACGUUUGGUGUGCUGCCCAGAAGAAGACUUCAGCCAUUUACUGGAUAGACUUCUGAAUGUCUAAAUCCAGAAGAAUAAGCUGACUCUUCACAUGUGACAUAUCAGAGCAGAAAUGAUGGAUGGGACUGGAAAUAUCAGACUCUUGAAUGGUGAUUUGUACUGGCCAGAUUGCACUUGAAGAGUACUUUCAAUCGUACAAAUA